AUGGCAGCAUAUGGUAUUGCAUCCGCAACUGAAAUUGCAUUUUAUUCUUACAUUUAUGCAAAAGUUACAAAAGAUGACUAUAAACGGCUAACAUCUUGGACACGAGCAGCAUCAAUGGCUGGACGAACAUUUAGCUAUUUAUUAAGCCAAGCAAUUAUAUCCAUUAAUAUUGGAACUUAUUUAACAAUAAAUCAGGUUGCCUUAAUUUCACCAAUUAUUGUAUUCAUUAUUGGAAUUUAUCUUCCACGAGUACAAUGGAAAAUAUUGCAUGAACGAGUGAAAAUUACCAAUGAUACGAAACAAUUUGAUGAACCAACGACAUAUCCAGAAUAUGUGAAAUUCCGACUGAGAAAAUUAUGGUCUAAUACAAAGCAAAUUUAUCAAAUUGGAUUUGUGCGAAAAUGGUCACUUUGGUGGGCAAUGACAACAUGCAUGUCCUUGCAGGUGGCAUUCAUUGGAAUGUAUUAUUUUAACCUUUGA